AAAGGUCUCUUAUAACAGUAAUACUUAUGGACAUCGAUAUUGGGCUGUGCUGUCUGAUUGCUUGAAUGUUAAUGCGCAACUACAAUAUUGGCCAAAUUCAGAAGCGGUGCAUAGCAUGGCGAGAAAGGGGUCGCUUGUGUUUCUCGAUGGUAGUAAAUACAAACAACGCUUGGUCAUUUUUGACGCCACAAAGAAGCCAAAUUUUGAACGUGAUGCUCAACAUAGCAUGAAACAAAGAGAUGCUGGACCUUUAUUUUUUUACAAUAGCAAGACUGACUCGUGUGCUCAACCUGAUGCCAAUCAGAAAUAUAUCAUGCGGAAAAAUGAUGGAUGCGACGACACAGAAGAACAACAAAAGUUCACAUUCGGUUCAGUGACGCCGUUUGGUGACAAAAUGAAAGAUGUUCAUUGUUCUCCAAUACAACGUAUGGUGAUCCACAAAGCUCAUUAUGGUGAUUUCAAUAAUAGCGGAAUAUUUAAUGCCAAUACAGCUAUUGAUGCGCAGUGUAGUGGACAAGCAAGUUGUGAGGUAAAAUCUCUUUGUGGUGGAAAAAGAUCUUGCGAACUAACCGUUGACAAUAAUUUACUGUCAUCACAUUAUUGUUCUGACACAACGAAAGAACUUUUUAUCGAGUACACUUGUGUGGAUAACUACUAUAUUAACCCCAUAAUAACAGUGACAAACAUAAGACUAUCAAAGUCACCCAACGAAGGUUUCAUUGAAGUGAAGAAUGACACAACGUGGAGAAAGGUUAUUGAGGAGAAUUGGGAUAAAAAUCGUCAAAAAAUUCUGUGUGAACACCUGGGAUUUAGCGAAACGAGCGCUAAUACUAUUAGAAACAUGGAGAUAGCUGCAAAUGAAGAAAUUGCAUCUGGAGAUUUGGUUUGUAAUAAUAACACAGGAUCAAGUGGAACAUCCUGUUGUGUCGAUCUUGUUCCCUCUACAACGUUUUUAAAUGUUAAUAUAUCAUAUGCUGAGUAUAAGAUAUGCGAUAAACCAGCGUUACUCCAAGACGAAAGUACUUUUGCUGACUCUGUGUUUUCUGGUAGUGGCUCUUCUGGUUAUAGCAAUGCAAGAUUCACCAAAGAUGGUUGGUGUACCCAGACACCACAAACACAUUAUCUUUUGAUUGAUCUUUUGAAAGACUAUCACAUCACACGAGUCGUGACAAUGGGUAACAAAGAUCAGACAAAGUGGAGUAAUCAAUACACAAUGACAUACAGUCAUGAUGACAGUUUUAGCAAUAGCAGACAGGUGAUCAUCGGAAACCAAAACGGCUAUCAAGCUUCGAGAACGGCUCUCAAUAUUUACAACGUGAGACAUAUCAAAAUACAAUCAACUGGAACAAAUGAUUUUUGUCUGAGAAUAGAACUCUGUGGAGAAGUCCAAAUGCCUGCUCCUGUACAGGAUAUUAAAGUUACACCUUCGAAUACCUCGGCAGAUGUCACAUGGAAGAUACCAGAACCUAAAGACUCGAGUUACAUAACGAACUACAAUAUUUUCAUCAACGGAAAACUUCAACACAGAAUAUCCAGAGAGAAAUAUGACAAUAAAUUUACUAUUCGUGGACUUAAACCAUACACUGACUAUAAAGUUGAGAUUGAGACAGAAGAUGGUUCAGGAGAGAAAGGCGGUAAAAUUUCUGAAGAUUUCAAAACCAAAGAAGGAGUUCCUAGUGGUCCUCCAAUGAAUGUGACCUAUACAUUCCGAAGUAAUUAUUCACUAGAAUUAUCCUGGAUGCCUCCAGAAAGUGAUAUACGUAAUGGAAUACUGACAGGCUAUCAAGUUUGUUAUUCUUCCCAAACCAUGUCAACUAGUCCGAAAUGUACUCAAACGAAUACGACAUUGUCUUAUACUGUCGAUAAUCUUAAACCAUCGACAAAGUAUAUUGUGACUGUGGCGGCUGGUACAAGUGUUGGUUUUGGCAACAAAAGUGAGAAAAUCAUUGAAACGACAAAUGAAGAGCCUGUCAAUCUAAUCGCCUCCUCGUUUUACACUUUGACUGUAAACAUACCAAAACCACCGGAAUAUAUCAAAGAAGUUAUGGUCAUCGUGCAAAGUUCUGCGAAUGAUCAAGUUUCAAGCAAAGACAUUAAAACAAGUGAUCUCAAAAAUUUCCAGUCAAACACACGGGAUCCCUACAUCACUGCUUAUUUGAAAGCUGAUGUUUUACCCUUGAUGUUCGUAAUAGGAGAUGGCAAAAGUUACAGAUCUGAAGAAGAAAAUUACCACAACCAACCUUUAACGGCAAAUUCAAAUUAUGUCGUGUUCUUAAGGUUUUUUGAAAGUCUAGUAUGUAGCUAA